CUGACAGUAAGUCCAAAAGCGUAAACAAACACGCUAACGCAGAUAAUAUAUAGCGGCAUAGUUUCGAGUGAAGUGACUUAGCUAGAACUUGCAUAAAUGUAUUCCAAAUUACAGGACACUAGUCUGAACAGUUCAAAAAAGUGUGAGUGUGAAAACAACAAUUUGUGCUCAGUCAAAAGUAUGAAGAAAUUCUUUGAUAACAAGAAGCAGAAGAAAGAAACCAAUUUGAACAACAAUGUCAACCAGAAAUAUCAGCCCGUCAAAACGAUAAAAACGAUAGAAAUAAGAAAGGAAGAAGUCCUCGCCAUUAGAAAUAGGUUUCCAACUAAAAUACCAAUCAUAGUACAAAGAUUUUACAAAGAAACACAUCUACCACAUUUAGAUAAAUCUAAAUUUUUAGUACCUCAGGAAAUCACGAUGUCCCAGUUUCAAACAAUUAUAAGAAACCGAAUACGGCUGAAUUCCCACCAGGCACUGUACUUAUUAGUAAACAAUAGAUCUAUGAUGAGCUUAACGUUAACCCUCGCAGAAGUAUAUGCGGAACAUGCAGACAGCGAUGGCUUCCUCUACGUCACAUACGCUUCGCAAGAAGUUUUCGGCGACUCUACCACCACCAGUAAUUAUGAAGUUAAUAAAUGUAUGAUCCAGUUCGGAGGUUGAAAAUUCUAUAGACACAAAUUUCUUAACGUCUAAUAACAGCAAAAUGAAAUUUGAUAGGAUCAGGUAAUUUUCGUGGUUGUAUACAGAAACCACAUAGUUGGUAACGGAACUGAAAAAAAGAUAUUAGACAUACUAACUUUUAAUAAAUAACGUGAAAAGGAACAUUAAAUUGUAUGUGUUUUAUCACUAACAGGUUUGAAAAAUCAGUGAAGUAUUUACCACGAGCAACUUUUUGUUGUUUGUAUUCAGGUACAUUAACUCGACAAUUUAUUUUUUUUUAACGAAUCAUGAUCUUUUUUAAAUUAGUAAUCAUUAUCGGCAAAUUCUUCAUCUAUCUCAAUAUUCUGCUAAAAAGUUAAACGCAAGCGGUCAUAUUUUUUACUAUUUUUAUUGGGAAUAAACCACAAUUUUACUUUAAAAUUAGUUUAUUGUGACGUUUCGAUUUCCACUUUGGAAAUCAUUAUCAAAAUACAAUACCAUUGUUUUUGUAUUUUGAAAAUGAUUCCGUAAGUGGAAGUCGAAACAUGAAAAUAAACUUAUUUUGAAGUAAAAUUGUGGUUUCUUCCCAAUAAAAAGAGUAAAUUGUAUUAAGAUGCUACAAGCAAAUAGCUUCGGUCACGUUUUAUCGAUUAUUGUGGUAAUAAAUUGUAGUGUCCCUAACAAUCACAAAAAUGAAAAAUUAUUUUUUGCCUAUAAAACGAUUCUUUAAAAUUUUAGAGAAAAAUGGUUCCAAUAAAAGUUGUAGAUCUUAAAAAGUUCCUUAAUUUGUGAGUUUCUAAAAUUAAAAUACAUAAACAAUUGACUGAGAUAAUUGCAAAAAACCCUUAUGUUUGCAGUAAUUUAUAAAUGUUAAUAUUAACUUUGAUUUUUGCCUAAUGACAUGUAAUAUAACUAUGUACUUAAAAUUAUGUCAAUUAAUGAGUUGUUGAAGUGUGCUAAAUCUCAGCUAGAUUGACCAAAUAGUUUGUAGGUUAUUCCAAUUGUUUAUCCCGGAUUGCGAUUAUUUAUAUAACUGUAAUUGCCAAAAUUAUGACUACAUCUACAAGUAUCUAACAAAUCGCAACCGAUUAUUUUUUGAGGCUUCAUUUUUAAAAUACUUUAAAAAAAUGUCAAUAUUUUUUUCAAUAUUAUCAUUAAUCUUCAUUAAUUAUCUUGGUUCUAUGGCAGGCAAAAGCUUGAUUUUUUUAAUUGCGUUAGCUCGCUAAAGUAAUAAAAACUGUGCUAUUUUCACCUGCCGGAAAAAUGAGAAAUACAGGAAAAACGAAGUACCUAGUGCAAUUUUUCCAUAAAAAAGUUGAAUUUUAGUAUUAUUUCAUAAAAUAUAUUUAAAUUUGAUUAAGAUAGUACUUCUUGUAUCAUUCUUGUCAAAAUUUAUUUUAAAACCAUUUAUUAAGAGAGUGUAAAAACCGCUUAAAAAAUAAGUUGUAUAAUCUUUCAGCACUUAUUGUUAUCUAUUAAACAAGGAAAAAUUAUUUUAAGAAAAAUACAACCUCGACAACUCGGAUUAAUCGGGACCGCGGUCGAUCCGGGUUAUCGAAAAUCCGGGUUAGCCGGAGAAUAUGGUAAAAAUUAAUAUAAUACGGUAUACUUACAGAUAAACUGCGUUAUAAUUGAAAUAACAUGAAAUAUAUAUUCACAGUACCUACAUAUCUAAAUUACUAAAAACACGCAAACACAAACCUAAGCAAACGGAAGCGAACUAUACAAGACUGUACUACACACAAUACAGUCACAAUCGGAACGAUGUUAUGUUAUUUAAGAACAGUGAAAACUAAGAUCAUUGUUUAAAAAAUAAUUGUUUAAAUAGUCUUUUAGUCUUUUUAAACAAUGCUAAGACAGUUUGAAAUAAAUAAAGGAAUACUACAGGUGCCUGUUGUUUCCGAUAAUCCGAGCCAAUGAACGUCGCUCUGCCGCCGGCGCCGUGUGCCAUGAGUCAUUUUUACUAUCGUAUAGUUCAAAUUACACAAAUACACAUUAUCUCUCAAAUACUAUAUUACAUACAUUUUUAUUGUUCAAAUGUUUGUCUGAUGAAAAUCGGUCCGGGUUAGCCGGACUUCCGGGAUAUCGGGGGCCGACUUAUCGGGGUUUCACCUAUAUUGGUUCCUAUUGAUCAUAGAAGGUUCUGUUUUUAUAUAGAUUGUUUUUUUACAUCUUUUCAGUGAGUCUGCUUACAAGCUCGUGACAUAAAAAAUAUUGAUAUAAAUGUUUACAAACCAAAAUCUCAUACUUUUUUCAAAACUGUUUUUUAAUAAAAAUUUUGAAAAUAAGAAAAAUAAAAGAUAAAAUGUGGAAAUUUUUUUAAGGUAUCUUGAUAUUUAAGCCUCAAAGAAUCUAUAGCUACCUGCUAUAUACCUCUAGAGACAUUCGCCAUUGGCAUCUGGGAUAAACAAAUUGAACAAUUGAAUAAACAAUUUGAAUAACAUACAAACUAUUUGGUCAAUCUAGCUUACAUUUAGUGCACUUCAAUAGCUCAUUAAUUGUCAUAAUUUCAGGAAGGUAUAUUACAUGUCAUUAUUCAAAAAACACAUUUAUUAUCAUUUAUAAAUUAUUGCAAAAAUAAGGGUUCUUUGAGAUUAUCUCAAUCAGUUGUUUAUGUAUUUUAAUUUAGAAUUUACUCACAACUUAAAGAACUUUUUAAGAUCUAACACCUUUUAUUUAUACCAUUUUUCUCUAAAAUGUGUAAGAGACGUAAUAGACAAAAAAUUAUUUUUUCACUUUUUAUGUUUGUGUAAGUAACAAAACAAAAUCAGCUGUACUUCUACAAGUGUUUGUCAACAGCCAUCCUUCAUAAUAUACUCUUUAGAACCUUCAAAACCUGUACUAGGGCUGUCAAUGGGGGUAUUUGACUCCGAAUUCCAUCCUACUACAUCGAUUUACUUAAUAUUUUCACAGUAAGUAGGGAAUAGCUCAUGAAACCAAGUCUACCCUAUGCCGAUGUGCGCUUUUAUCUUGGGGGUGGUUCCCACCCUUCUCGGGAGUGAAAAAUGUUUUGGUUAAAAUAGCCACGGAAGAGGCUAGAGAACCUAAUUUUAAGCAAAAACUGAUCUAUAAUUAUUUUUUGAAAACUCAAUACUUUUUGAGUUAUUCGUGGUUGAAAAUUGGCCAUUUUCAUUGAAAAAUGACACCUUUUCGGACGGAUUUUUGUGAAUAGCUUAAAAACUAUGCAUCUAACAAAAAACUAUAUAAAAUAUUUCUGUAGGUUAUAAAGAAACAAAGAGAUUCGUUCCUUCAUAAAUCUUCUAGUUAAAAUAGAAAGAGGGAUAUGGUAGGUAAGAAGAGUUUGUUUUUUUUUGCUACAUGCUCAAAUCGGUGUAUUCAACUUGAAAUAACAGAGAAACGGUCGGUUUUAGGCCUAUAGUGAUACAACUUUUAUAGUGCUUGAAAAGACCUUUAAAAUGAGCAAUACCAUAGCCACCUUUACUUUACAAGCCAUGAAGAGAAAAAGGCAACGUGGUAAUUGAUGACGUCGGUAGUCUGACUUUCGGACUACCGCUUUCGAAACUACGAUUUUAAAGUACAAAUUCUGGUAAAACUUAUAGUAUUUUUUGAGUCGAACAAGAAAAUAUUAUUAAUUAGAAGUUUGUACAAAAUAAUAUUAAAAGUAAUUCCUUGUAAGUAACAUUUAUUAUACAGAAAAAAAAAACCAAUAACAAGAAUAUAAACGGGAUUCAUUUUUUUCGAAUCCUAAGAAAACUAAUAAGUAUUUUUCAAAAAUGUAAACGCAGAAUGAAAGAUUAUGUUAGGACCGAGAACCGAAAGUCCCUGAAAACUUCUAUGUUUAUUUUAGUAAGUUGCAGGGGUGAAAAACUAAGAAAAUUUAGUGUGAUUUUUAGUUGCAAAUAUGUCAUUAAAAAAAAACUUUUUAUUCAUUCUAAAGGACUUUCGGCCCUCGGUAAUAAAGUAAUCUUUCAUUCUGCGUUUAAAUUUUUCAAAAAUACUGAUUAGUUUUCUCAGGAUUCGAAAAAAAUUAUUACAUUUAAAAUACAGGCGUCAAAAUUUUGAAUUUUGUUCCUUUCCACUUAAAGUUUGUCGCACUUAUUUAGAAACACCCUAAAUUGAUAAAGAACAAAUCUAGGUGUUAAACAUAAGCGAAUUAAUCAAAAAAACAGAAUGUUAAGAAAACCAGAGUCUAUACUUGGGUUUUAAUUUCAGUAUUUUAUAAAUGCCCGGUACACCACAAAAAUUUAACUGGAUAGCAACAAUAUUAUUACAGUGGUAUUGUAAAAGAAUUAGGCUAUAACAUAUUAAAAAAAUCACUUAAAUCUGCCGACAGGUUUAGGAAAUAUAAGACAUUAAAAAUGACAAAAUUUUUAAGUGGACGGAUUUCUAUAUGCACGCAAGUUUAUAUAAAAAUAUAUUAUAUUCAACUAAAAUCAUCUUAAUAACAUACCUUUUAAUGUUCUUUAUAAUUUGGAGCACGAAAUAUUGUAAAAUAAUUCAGUUUCUCUGUAAAUACAGUGAAAAUUAUUUAAAAACAAAUGAGAACUGUCAGAAUUAAUCGGCCUACCAAUAGAUGUUGCCAAAUUUCAACUUCAUGGCUUGCUAAGUAAAGGUGGCUAUGGCAAUACUAAAUGUCGAUUGCGUUUAAACUAAGCGAGAUAUUCUGCAAAAAAGAAAAAAUGAGAAGUCAUUUUAACCCCCAUCCACCAAAAUGUAAGUGCAUCGAUUUCCUUCUAUAAUACAUUUUACUAUAGUGUUAUUUCUAUGUUCAGAAAGUUGGACUGGUUUAAAAUGAAUGGUUUUUGAAAAAAUAAGAUCAAAUUAUAGAGCGCAUUUUUUAAUUUUCUUAAAAAUCGUCCUUUUUCUCCAUGUAACUCGAAAAUGAUAAGAGAUACGAAAAAAGAUACCACACAAAAAUGUAGGGUUUUUCAGACAAAAAGUUUCUUUUUAUUUUUCAUUACUGUAUCUCUCAUCAUUUUCAAGUUACAUGGAGAAAAAGCAAGAUUUUUAAGAAAAUUUAAAAAUGCUCUCUAUAAUUUGAUCUUUUUUUUUCAAAAACCAUUUAUUUUAAACCCGUCCAACUUUCUGAACAUAGAAAUAACACUAUAGUAAAAUGUAUUAUAGAAGGAAAUCGAUGCACUUACAUUUUGGUGGAUGGGGCCGAUGGGGGUUAAAAUUACUUCUCAUUUUUUCUUAAAACACAUUAGUUAUCAAUUUUGUUUGGAGCAUAUCUCGCUUAGUUUUAUUGUAAUAAACCUUUAAUAUAGCUCACUUUGUAGGUCUUUUCAAGCACUACAAAAGGUAUUAUUAUUAUACACCUAAAAUCGACCCUUUCUCUGUUAUUUCAUAUUGAAUACACCAAUUUGAGAUUGUACCAAAAAAAACUAUUUUCACCUACCAUAUCUCUUCUUGUAUUAUGGAGGCACUCCAUAAUACAAGAAGAGAUAUGGAACAUAUGGAACUCCAUAAUACAAGAAGAGAUAUGGAAUACAAACUAGCAGAGUUAUGGAAGCAAGUGUCUCUUUGUUUUUUUAUAACUUACAAAAGAUGUUAGAUGCAUAGUUUUUAAGGUAUUCGCAAAAAACCGUUAUAUAAUUCAAAUUCAAAAAGUAUUGUUUUCAAAAAAAAAUAUAGAACAGUUUUUGCUUAGAAUUAGGUUCUCUAGCGAAUUCCGUGAUAAUUUUAACCAAAAAAUUUUUCACCCCUGAAAAGGGGUGGGAACCACCCCCAAACUAAAAGCACACAUCGACAUAGGGUAGACUUUGAAUUAGGAGAUAAGUAGAGGGCCCAAAAUUUCAUUAAAAUCCAUGAUAGAUAGGAUAGAAUUCGGAGGUAAUAUCCUAUUCUUGCUUCCAUUGACUGGCGUAUACUUGUAAUAUUUUUACGUAAAAUCGAUGAUUUUUCACACAUAUACUAGGGCAUUUGUUUUUAUUGUCGUUUGUUAACGAAUUUUUGUAUAUUAUACUGCAAAACGUGGUUAUAAAAUUUAGCCUGUUGUUUUCUGUAUGCUUCUAUAAUUACUGACGUUGCUAUAAUCCGGCUGAUAUUGUAAUUUAAAAAAAUGAAUAAAACUGAUCAUAGUAUAUUAUCCCGUUAGUUUUUUUCUGUAGCUUUUAAAAGUUAACAGAAGAAAGCUAUGUAACGUAUUAUUAAUAAAUAUAGAAUAAACCUUGCUUGUCUUUUGAAUAUUACGAGAAAUAUAUUUAUAUUAGACAAAUGGUUAUGAUCAGUUUUACAUUAUAGUAGUUAAGACGUCGCUAUUGGUUUUGUGCGUUGAUGUUUGAUACUUACAAAAAACCAAAAAAAGAUAAAAAUGUAUUUUAUAAUUUUUUGUAUUGUAUAUCUUUAUUCUAAAAGAAAUUUGUGUUUUAACUUAGUUAUAUAAGUAGAAUAUUCAAUUUUCUCCUAUGCUAGCAUAUACGCAUAUGUUAGUUCGUUCAAAAGACUGUUUCUAUUAUAUGUAAGAUUUUUAUAUUUUUAAUUUACUUAAGUUUUUAGUGUGCAUGAAAAAAAAGAAGUGUGUAACGUGUCAAGUAUAUUUUAGAAAUCAGUGUUGCUAUUAAUUUAUUACCAAAUACUUAAAAGUUUGUCUUAUUAUUAGUGUAUUGCUAUUUUAAUUAUACUUCUGUUAUAUGAUAUUAAAACCCAAAAACACACUUUGAAAACAAAAAAA